AUGAGUCUUCGUGAACUUUCUGUGAAAGAGCGCCGUGCGCGCAGAUCUUUGAACACUCUGUCACAGUUUGUGAAAAACUUUACGAGUAGUGAUCAGGACCAAAUUGAAGUUCGUUUGCAACUGUUGGAAAGUGCUUACGAAGAAUUUGUAGAUGUGCGAUUAAAAAUUGUGCUGUUACUGGAGGAUCAGAACGGGCCGGAAGAAGGCGAAGAUGAAGAAGCAGGAUCGGAGUUUCAAAGUGCAGCUGAAAAAAGACAGGAACAAAAUGACAUCGUUUUCGCCCAGGCAGAGGAGCAGUAUUGUCGGUCGAAAAGUGCACUCAUGAGCUUCCUACGUGCAGAUGGUAACCACAAGCAGCCGCAAGCAUCUUCGUCAGCCAUGGUGGGCCCUGAAUCCCGGGUUAAGCUUCCUGAAAUCCGCCUGCCUACGUUCACAGGAAGAUUGGGUGACUGGAUCCCUUUCCGUGAUGCCUUUCAAAGCCUAAUACACAAAAGCGAGAAACUUUCCAGCAUGGAUAAGUUUACUUAUUUAAGAUCUUCACUUUCAGGCGAGGCUUUACAAGAAGUUGGGUCGAUUGAUCUUUCCGGCGAUAAUUACGAGAUCGCCUGGAAGGUGCUUGAGGAUCGUUAUCAGAACAAUAAAUUGAUCGUCAAAGCUCACCUGGAUGCUCUUUUUGAAGUCGAUCGCAUGAAAAAAGAGAGUUUUGAAUGCUUAAACCAGAUGAUUUCCGAAUUUGAAAAGCACCUUCAAAUGCUGACGAAGAUAGGGGAAAAAGUCGUCGGGUGGAGCACGAUUCUUGUCCACAUGAUAUGCUCCAGACUGGAUUCCGCAACUUUGAAGCUGUGGGAGACUUACCACAGUUCAAAGGAAGUCCCCACUUACGAAAACUUGAUCCACUUUUUGAAAAACCAUUGUGCAGUAUUGCAAUCAAUUAGCUCAUCCUCUUCUACCCAACCGGAGACUAAGAAACAACGCUUUGGCGCAAACCAUGCUGUUACCUCCGGUCGAUGCAGGUUUUGUUCAGAAAGUUUUCAUUCCGUUUUUCUGUGCAAAAAGUUCCAGAAGAUGAACAUUCCCCAGAGGUUCGAAGCGGUCAAGAGAAAUGGGCUUUGCAUGAAUUGCUUCUCCAGUGGUCAUCUUGCAAGGAAUUGUACCCGUGGAUCCUGUCGUCAUUGCGGAAGAAGGCACCAUACGCUGCUGCAUCCUGCAAAAGAAGCUAACAGUGCCAAACCGAAACCCUCCGAUCCACCGACUUCGACAAAUCGUUAUCAUCAUGAAAAUCGUCCAACGUUUUCGCAGUCAAAUCAACAAACAGCCAUAAAUCCACCAACAACAACCAACACAUCUACCGAAUCCAACCAACCAACAGCCACAGUUUCAUCAGCAUUCCCAGUUGUCAAAGAUAAUUCGCAUAACCCACACCCACUGCAUGCCACAGACCCUAACACACCAUCCUUUACCAUUGCACUUCCUCUAUACACAUCACAUCAGAUUCUCUUGUCAACCGCCCUGGUUCGAGUUUUCGAUACCACCGGCCACAGCGUGCUAGCCAGAGCAUUAUUAGAUUCCUGCUCUCAGAAUUGUUUCGUUACGUCGCGUCUGAUUCGCAAACUUCGCCUACAAGAGUAUUCUGAUAAUUUGAACCUUUUUGGAAUUGGUGGAUCUGGAUGCAGUUCCAAGAAAGCCGUCAGAGCAUGCAUCGGUCCACGCAUGCCCCAUAUUUCGGAAUUCAACGAGGAAAUAUAUUUCAACGUUUUGCCAAGUCUUACGAUUAAAUUACCGUCGCAGAGUUUCGCCGUUGAAAAAUGGCAGGUACCGGAGCAUCUGGUUCUGGCAGAUCCUUCGUUCUACCAAAAAGCAGAGAUUGACAUGUUGAUCGGGGCCGAAUAUUUCCUAGACCUCCUCCAACCCGGUCAGCACAAAAUCAGCGAGAACGGUCCCACAAUGCAGAACACAGUUUUUGGGUGGAUAAUUUCCGGUCGAGCCCAAGAAUCCCGAGUUCCCGUUUCCGACCAAUCGGUGCAGCUGUGUUCCAUGUCAGAUAUACACGAGCAGGUUGCACGAUUUUGGGAAUUAGAGUCUUGUCAAAUUAAGAGCACCAAUUCCGUCGAAGAGUCUUUAUGUGAAGAAAUGUUUUCGCAAACGACUACUCGAGACGCGACCGGAAGGUUUGUCGUCUCCCUACCUAAGAAAGAUUUCGUUCUGAUUCGUCUCGGAGAUUCCAAGCGUUUGGCUGAAAAGCGUUUUUAUGGCUUGGAAAAACGAUUUUCCCACCAUCCUGAUUUGAAGCAGGCCUACUUCGAAUUCAUCCAGGAGUACCAGGAUAUGGGCCACAUGAAGCUGGUUGAAGAUUGUCCAGAUGAGCUGCGUUAUUUUUUGCCCCAUCACGCAGUCAUCAAGCCCGAAAGCACAACGACGAAGCUGAGGGUUGUCUUUGAUGCUUCGUGUCCCACAACGUCCGGUGUUUCCCUCAACGAUGGUCUACUGGUUGGGCCCAUAGUGCAAGACGAUCUGCUCUCGAUCGUUACCCGGUUCCGAUUGCACCAAUAUGCUAUAGUGGCAGAUAUAGCUAAAAUGUACCGGAUGAUAAAGCUAGCGGAAGCAGAUCAACGUUAUCAGUGCAUUCUUUGGAGGGACUCGCCGUCAGAACCGCUACGAAUCUAUAAGCUAACGACCGUUACGUACGGCACAGCAAGUGCCCCGUUCUUAGCUACUCGAUGCCUUCUGAAGCUGGCAGAAGAUGGACAGCAUAGUCACCCACUAGCCUCUAGGAUCGUGAAAAAGGAUUUUUAUAUGGACGAUGCGUUAACUGGAGUGGAUACCCCAGAAGAAGGGAAACGAGCGGUGAGAGAGCUAAGCGAUCUUUUAAGUUCUGUUGGAUUUGUGUUACGUAAAUUCAACUCGAAUUGUGAAGAAAUAUUGGCCGAGAUUCCAGCUGUACUACGAAGUAGUGGAAGUACACUAGAGCUGGAUUCCUCUUCCACCGUAACCACCCUUGGCUUGGUUUGGGAGCCUAGCACGGAUCUAUUCCAUUUUCGCCCGCCUAAGUGGAGUUCCGCGUCGAUAAUCACCAAAAGAAUUGUGCUAUCGGAUGCCUCAAAACUGUUUGAUCCUCUUGGACUGGUAGGUCCUGUCAUCGUGCAAGCCAAGAUCUUCAUCCAAUCACUUUGGCAGAUCCAGUGCGGCUGGGAUGAGCCCUUGAUGGAAUGCAUGCAGAACUUCUGGGUAGAAUACCGUAGAAACUUUUCGUCACUCGAUAAUUUUUCGAUUCCACGUUGGGUGGGAUUCGCUCGAAUUUGUGAGGCACAACUACACGGAUUUUGUGACGCCUCGGAGAAGGCGUACGGAGGAUGCCUGUAUCUACGUUGCAUCCACGAAGAUGGUUCCGCCUCGGUGCUAUUAUUGUUAUCCAAGUCCAGAGUCGCUCCGAUUGAAGAUCUCAAAAGGAAAAAACGAAAGCAGUCCAUUCCCAGGCUUGAACUGUCGUCUGCACUCUUGUUGAGUCAUUUGUACGAGAAAUUUUGCAAAGCAACGUCCAUUGACGUUCAGAGUUUUUUUUGGACUGAUUCCACUAUCGUGAAGUGUUGGUUGGCAUCCGUUCCAUCUCGCUGGCAAGCCUUUGUGGCAAACCGGGUCUCCGAAAUCCAGCAUUUGACGAAAAAGGGAAGCUGGCAUCAUGUUCCUGGUUCUGAAAACCCGGCUGACAUCAUUUCCCGUGGAAUGACCCCCGUUCAACUCCAAUAUCAGCCGCUUUGGUUUGAAGGGCCACUUUGGUUGAAGCAAACCCGUGACACUUGGCCUGAGGUGAAUGAAAUGACACCAGAACAGUUCGAUAAAACUACGUUAGAAGAAAAAGUAUCCGUAUCGUUGCCCAUUCAAAGCGUUGAACCAAAUGAAUUGUUUUCUUUGAAGUCUAAGUUCUCGCAGUUAGUGCGCUUAGUAUCCUGGGUUCAACGUUUCCGCCACAACUCUCAAAAGAAGAAUCGAACAUCUCGAAAGACGGGCAAUCUUUCCUUCGAAGAGCUCAAUGGAGCAAAGAAAAUCCUGGUCAAAGUGGCUCAAAGCGAAUGCUUUAGCCAAGAAAUUAAAGAUUUGGUCAAAUCAAAGGAAGUCAGAACUUCAUCGAGGAUUUGCAAGCUAAAUCCACAUCUCGUAGACGGUAUACUUUUGGUCGGCGGCAGGUUAGCGAAUGCCCCUGUGUCUGAAAAUCGUAAGCAUCCAAUAAUUCUGGACCACCACCAUCCGCUUUCUGCCAUGAUUGUCCAACACUAUCACGAUUCCCUCUACCACGCUGGGCAGCAGCUGCUUAUCGCCAGUGUUCGCGGGAAAUUCUGGAUAACCAGCCUUCGCGGUUUGGCGCGGAAAACCAUCCAUAGUUGUAUCCCAUGCUUCAGAGCAAAACCGAAGAUUCUCGAGCAGCUUAUGGCAGAUCUACCACCAGUACGCGUCAAUCCAGCACCUCCAUUUCUGAAAGUGGGAGUAGAUUACUGCGGCCCAUUUGCGCUGACUUAUCCUCAUCGUCGUGGUUCUCCGAUUAAGUGCUUCGUAUCCAUUUUCGUGUGCCUAGUUACCAAGGCAGUCCACUUGGAGCUAGUCGCUGACCUCAGUACCGGAAGUUUUUUGGGAGCCUUGAAGAGAUUUGUUGGCAGACGAGGAAAACCGAAUCUCAUCAUGUGCGACAAUGGGAGGAACUUUGUCGGGGCUAGUCGAGAGAUUGCGGAUCUUCAACGGCUGUUCCGAAGCCAGCAGUUCCAAGAUUGUGUGACGACGCAAGCUCACCAAGAAGACAUCAACUUCCAAUUCAUCCCUGCCCGGUCACCAAAUUUCGGGGGACUGUGGGAAGCGGCGGUGAAAUCCUUCAAAAGCGCUUUCAAAAGAACGAUUGGAUCCAGAAUUCUGCGAUACGACGAAAUGACGACGGUUUUGGCUCAAACGGAAGCAGUUUUGAAUUCACGCCCUCUUACCCCAUUGAGCGAUGAUCCUGACGAUUUCGAGGCCCUCACUCCUGGGCAUUUCUUAACACAACGUCCGCUUAUUGCUCUUGAAGAACCAGAUCUGGAGGAUACCUCAGACAACCGUCUGAGCAUGUGGCAGAAGUCGACGAAGUAUACCCAGUUAGUUUGGAAAAAAUGGUCCAAACUAUACCUCUCAGAUCUCCAAACCAGAACCAAGUGGACCAGAAAAAGGGACAACAUCUCCAGAGGUACGAUGGUGCUGAUAGUCAACGAGCAAAUACCGCCAUUGCGAUGGCCAUUGGGACGAGUAACCGACGUUUUCCGAGGUCCUGAUGGAAAUAUCCGAGUCGUAAAUGUGCGAACGAAAGACGGCAUCUACGGAAGAGCGAUCUCCAAGAUAUGUGUUCUUCCAAUGCCGAACAACCCUCCAAACGCCGAUGGGGAGAAUUAA